AUGCCCAGAUUUGAUCUUUCGAGAAGAUGGCCCAAGGCUUUGCAAACCACUUGGCAAUCACUUAGCAAAUCGCUUGAAGAAGGAGAGACACCGAAAGGAGAAAUUGCUAUCGUCAAGAGCGUGCAACAUCUUCGACAGCUUCAAGCGCUUGCCCACGACCUCAAGAUCAACAAGUCCUUGCUUUUGGUUGCGAAACGCAUUGGCAGUGAUCCCAUCCCUGAGACUUGCCAAAGCCUUCUCCUUCCAUGGAUGGGGAACCUUGCGAUGAUCGAUGCAAUUGUUGGGAAUUUGAACAAACAAAAACCCAACUUGGAGAAGGAGAAGAUUCAUGAAUGCAAAAUGGAGAUGGCAAAGCGUGAUGAUUUGGCUUCUUUGCGUUUGACUGCGCCCUGGAAGUUCAUUUGCGAGAAGAAUAAGCAGAUCCUUUUACAGGAACCAGAGUAUUCUGUGUGUCUCCUUUGCGAUGAUUUGAAGGAAGCCAGAACAAACAAGUGGGAAAGUUCAGACUCUGUCUUGACGGGAUAUCUUUUGGUCAACAAGAACGAAGUUGGGAAGAUCAUUGGAUGUUCUGGAAGAAACGGGAUUUUUGUUACCCGACUGUCGCAGGAUAUCAUUGUCAAACCCUCCGCACUUUGGGUUUCAAGACUUGAAGGCGAAAGUGACCAAACCUAUUUACAAAGAACAACAGAAGAAGCAAAAGGCGCACCUUUGACCUGGAGAAGAGGCGACGGCAAUGACCUUGGAUAUCAUUGCAAGGAGGAGGACAUUACGGAUAAAUCUUGGGCAGUCUGGGGCGUUCCAGCUUUCAACGGCCCUGGAAUGGUCGAAGAUUGGCUUGGGCAGCAAGGUUGGACUUUGAGAACAAGGCCACAGCCACCUCGCUCUAGAGGCAGCCCCUGGAAGAUUUUUGGACAGCGCAGUGAAAAGCAAAGUGCCUAUGCGUAUCAAGUUGAGGUUGAGGGCAACAUUCGGCGUCUGUCCAUCGUGCCUUGGAAAAGCAGCCGCAGACCAAAAGAGGAGACAUUUCAAGUUAGCGGCCCCAGAUGGUUCAGCGAGCACUUUCAGUCUGACAAGGUUGGCCCUACGCAGGUCCUUGAACCAAUUCAGAUGGAUGCGAACAUGGACGAGGAAGAAGCUGAUGGAGAUAAGAUUGUCUCUCCGCCAAAAAAGAGAGUCAAGCCGUCCAAACUGAGAGGUGGCGAACAAGGACCAGAUGGACUUGAUCUCAGAACCCUCGAGCUUGGGGGCACAGGUGAUUGCGGAUGGCGUUCAAUUGCCUUCCAAUUAGCUGCAAUCAAUUCAAAAUCUAGCAAUUUGGCCGAGAAUGUGAUGUCGAAAAUUGCGGUACUUGGCAAAGCUCUCAGAAGCCAAGCCCUUUUUCAUCUCUGUGAAGUUGAUUUGGAAUGGCAGAAGCAUUGGGCUCCUGACGACGCUUGGACACCACUCAUUGAGGACGGGCCACCAGCAAAAGAUUUGAAAACAUUUGCAACUGAGACCCUGCACCGCGACAACAGAUGGAUCUGCCAUUAUGGCCUCAUGGCAGUCUUGGCGGUCAAAAAAGUCCACAUCAUUAUCUGGCAACACAAAGGUGAUGAAAAGGAACCAUGGUCAAAGAUUGCUGUGAUUUCACCAAAUGACGAGAAGAAGAAAUUGCCCAUUAUCCACCUUGCCAAAGAUGGUGGACAUUACAUGCCUCUGAUUUCUGACACCAUGCAGAAGCCCGAUUACAGCCUCUUGGAAAACAGCACUACUUGGUCUUCAAAGGGAAUCCAAGGCAAAUCUUCAGGCGAGAAGAAACAGAUUUUCAGAGCUGGAGGAGGAGAAAGCAACAAGGGUGGAAUCAAUGGCCCUACCGGCAUGAAACUACGCACAUUGGAAUUGGGAGGAACUGGAGACUGUGGAUGGAGAUCAAUUGCCUUCUUGAUCGCUGCCAUCAAUGUGAAUCAUGACAAACUUGUCAACAGCGUCUUGCCCAAGAUCGAAAGUCUUGCAAACAUUUUGAAAGGCCAGGCGCUUCAUUUUCUUUGCGAAAUUGAUCACGAUUGGAAGCAGAACUGGAUGCCGGAGGAUACCUGGACUGCUUUGACGGAAGAUGGACCUCCAGCACAAAAUUUGCAGGAUUUCAUCAAUGAGACUUUGCAUAGGGAAAACAGAUGGAUUUGCCGCUAUGGCUUCAUGGCAAUUUGCGAGACCAAGAAGGUGAACCUGGUUAUUUGGCAGUACCGGGGCAAUGACAGAGAGUCUUGGACAAAAAUUGCAACCUUUUCACCAAAGGAGACGAAGCAGUUCCCAACUAUCCACCUUGCGAAAGUUGGAACCCAUCUCAUGCCGCUCAUCCCUGAUGAACUUCAUGUUCCUGGCAAUGAUCUGCAAAGGAAUGGAAGAACUUGGAAGCCGAGAAGACAGCAGAACAUGAACAAGAUUGCUGACUUCAGAGGAGGAGGGAACUUUGAGCAAAGGUCUACGAUUGGCGAUGUCGGUAAUGAAAUUUCUGAGGAAAACAUUGAGGACGUGCUCAAAUCACCAGAUCCCUGGACCACUCCAAAGAAGAAAAGCUUCUACACUCCUGAAAGUGUGAAAACUAUGCAAUCCUUCAACAUUCGGGAUGCACUGCGUACGCCGGAAACACCUGCAACACCAUGCAGCAAUAUGAACAAGACAGAGAACAAGAACAACUAUGGUCUCAGUCUUUCGAAAGUGUGCCAUUGGGCUUGCCCAUUCUGUCAAUGUCAGUGCUUCAUUUCAAACCCUGCGAAAAGAACCCAGGACAUCAGAACUCAUCUUGACAAAUUCCACGCAAGAGAGACGAAGAAAACAAAAGAGAGGAAUAUCGAGAAAGGCAUUUCUGCAUCUGGACGACAUGGAUUGGGCAUUGCCGUCCUACUCGAACCUUUGCAACUUCGAAAGAUGCCAAAGCAGAAGGCCAAGAUCAUUUGUCCUUUUUGCAAAUUUGGGGCAGAUGUCAACCCUGGCAGUGCAGCGCUUCGAAAGAAAACCUGGAAGCACCACUUGAAGUCUUGCACAAAAGCGCCAAAAGACUGCAACCUGAGGGUGCUCUACGCUGCGAGGAUGAAACAAGAAGGUGGGAUCUGCCUCGGCAAUGGAGAAGCUCACCGGAAGAAGAUGAUCCAAGGUAUUUGGAGGCUUUGGAAGAAGUUCAUCAAGAAGUAUGGCAAAGCAAAACUCUUCACUGACUUGGAGCUCAACACACAUCAGCAGGAGAAGAUCCAAGAUCAUGCACAAGAAGUUGAGGCUGGAAGGUUUGAGGAGCAAGGCAAUCAAGAGUGCAAAAGUGGACACGAACCAGUGCGGCUUAGCUUCCAGCGUGCUUGGCAGGAAAGACAGAAAGUUUGGACAAUCAACACGGGCGGCAUGCCCGGCUUUUGGCGGCUCCUUUUUCUUUUGGAAGCUACAAAGAAGCAGCUCAGACCCUUUGUAGUUCAUGCACAAGAGAUUUGCUGCAGCCUUGAAGAGUGGAAAGCAACUUCAGGUAGAAUUUCAACCCUUGGAUAUACUGCAUAUGCGUCUUCGACGGUUUUGCGUGGGGCCAAAUGCAAUGGAGUCCUAACAAUGGUCUCGAAUCAUGUUCAAUCACAGAUGUGUGAUGAAUACUGCAACAAACGUGGCUAUGCUGCAAUUGCACUUAAAGUUCAAGAUUUGCUCAUGAUCAACAGCUAUUGCCCACCAACAGUUAGCGAGUUGCACCAGCAUGCGAUUGAGUUUGAGGAGAUGCUCAUUAGAUUGGAUUGGCAGGGUCCCAUGUUAUUUUGCGGUGACUGGAAUCAGGAGCCAUCUGAUUGUUUGGUAGCCACUUUAGCUGUCAUGUAUGGUUGCUCCAUUGCAGAUUCUGACGAAAAUUCUUCGCGCUGGAAAGGGCACCGGCUCAUCGAUUUCUUUAUUUCGAAUAUUCCUCAUUUGCGCUUCCGAGCACUUGAUGCCAAGAUCUCUGACCACAAGAUUAUGGAGACCACUGUCAAGCUGGAGUGCUGCUCCUACAAUGUCCAUCGUUUCAAGAAGGGUUUCAAUUUUGAGAAGCCUCUCUGGCUCAAUACCAAAGGAUGGGAAGACCUUGUCCAUCAGGCGUACAACAUUGAGAAGGCCACCAAUUGGCAACAUGCUUGCAAAUUAACUGAUGACGACACCUCCAUCCCGAGCCAAGUUGAUGAUUCUGAUCAAGAUCAGGAGAUUGUAGACUUCACUUGGAAACUCACUAUGUCAAAAGUUUUGACCACCUUUCAAACUGCUUACAAGUUGGCCAUUCUUUGCAUUCCGGAGAAUUUUGACAAUAAGUGGGAGAUCAUGAGGAUUGAGAAGCUGGCGAAUAAGGUGCAGCACCAAGACAAGACUUCCACCUCGAAACCUACUGCGGUAGACCUCAUCCGGGAAUUUGACAUGAAUCUCAAGCGUAGAGUUUGGAUGAAUGAAGACCAGAGACGUCAAAGAGUCAGGGAAAUUGCUCACCAUCUUCACAACUUUCAAGGCAAUGUUCAAGGCAGAGCUCCCAACCUGAAAGACCUUCAACAAGCGAUUUCAAAAGCCAAAGGUGGUCCUGGCCUCGACCAAUGGAACUACUAUGAGACCAAGACCCUUGCGAAGAUCCCUGAGUUUUUGAGAGAAAUUGGCCAAAACUUUAAACUCUGGAUUGACCUUGGCAUUACUCCUUCAAUCCUUGCGGAGGUCAAGGUGACUUAUAUCCCCAAGGCGAACAAGAUCUCUAAAGGCACAGUCAACAUCAAAGGUCUAAGGCCAAUCACUGUCUUCAGCAUAUGGUGGAGAACCUUUUCAGCGAUGUGGAUCAUGUCACCUUUGAUCGAUGCGCUGCAAGCACAAAUGCCGAAGGACAUCAUUUGCAGGCGAGGCAAAGGACCUGAAGUUCAGGCCUGUGUGGCUGACGCUCUACUGCAGCUAUGGCAGCAUGGAGCGACAUUGGACUUUAGUCAUUGCUUUGACACAGUGGACAUCAAAAUGCUGAGAGACGGUGUCAGGAGAUCCUGCGUCUCCACUUGCGCUUUCUCUUUUGCUAUGGGUAGAUUGAUCAGCGGUGCACAUCUAGAAGUGGGCAUCUACAAAACCUUCACGCUGUUGCUUUGCUAUGGGCGCUGUGAAGAGUCCAAAGAUGGUGUCAACGGCAAAAGGCAUACCAACUUCAAGAUCAUCACUUUGGAUCACAUGAAGAAGAUGAAAAACAACGCCAUUGUGUGCAACAUCGGCAACCAGGGCCGUUUCUGGGUCUUCGACCCGGGGCUCAACCACAGGCACCCCCACAUGGUGGUUGCGGGCUCACAUUGCCCUUUGGUCAGAGCGAAGUUCUGUGGCACACAUGCUGACUUCAGGCCGAGGUACAUCACCCUCGCGACGACCCCGUCGCAGGAAACAUGCCACGACAACACCACUGGGGUCCGGAUUGGUGAGGCAAGCCAUCCCGGACCCGCUGCAGCCAAAGCCACGGCACGACGGCGACAGCAGAAACAGCAGCAGAACAACCUGGGACAGAUCAUCAACCUUCUGCUCCCGCUACUCACACAACUCCUGCAAGUUUUGGAUACAGGCAGAGCGACAGACUCUUCAUCGACACCCAGCCUCACUACGGUGCUGGGAACCCUCUUGGGACACAACAAUGCACAGAGCCAGGACACACCUGGCAAACCAGCAUCGCACAGGGGGUCAACCAGUACAACAGUACAGCCAGCCGCAGCAGCACGGCGAAUCCAGCUCAACGACCAGGAAUGGCCAUCAUUCAAGGACGGCAAAGGUAAGACCGCCCCUGGCCAACAGAAAGGCAAAGGGAGCACACCAGGCCCACAGGGCACACACGGCCCACACAACCCACCAGCAGCACAACCAGACGGCAGCAAGCCCGAGGAGUGGACCACCAUCACUCGUCGGCGACCAAACCUUGACGCGUGGGCCCUCCGACCCAAAGACUGGAGCGACCCCACUCUCCACUACGACACAUUGGCAACCGCUCUACAGAAGCACUCUGGGGACCAACCCUUUCGAGCAGUCAUUCACUGCAGCGACCAUGAACAAGGACAAGCAGCAGCAGCCAUGCUCGCAAACAUCAAGCAACGAGCUGUCUGGAUCCUUUGGCGACAAGCAGACGGCACAACAAGCAUCCCUGGGCAAUGCGGCAACAAGCCGUUACUACAAAAAGUGGCCAGCAUCAAGAUUGUUGAUGAUCCACUUGGCAGCCCUCACCUACUACGCUGCACGCCCAAGGCCAUCCAGACCACAACCACACACACGGAGAUUCUCCGCAUCACCUUUGACGAGCAAUACAUUAGCAAGAAACUGCAGACCACAGCGCGAGAGCGCCCCCGCAAAGCACUUGGCGAUUGGGCGUCCACAUUGCCAGCCCACAUCGCCAACUCCAUCCACGACACAUGGGGAUGGAAGCAAGAACACACUGGCCCCAACCGAGCGAUCACAGGGCUCAUCCGGGUGCAAGGCACCUUCGGCAGCAAGGAUGCCCCUGAUUACAUUCUCGGCCGCAGCGGCCAACAAGGCAUCUUUACAGCACCCAUUCACUGGCACAACCCCCUCCCCAACAUCAAAGUUGAAGACACACAUGAAGACUACAUCCAACGACUCCUCGAGCGGGGUCACCAAUGGGGCCUUGCACGGGGCCCACGCGGAUUGGGGGCACGCAUCGAAGCAGAGGCCUCCACCCAGCACACUCGCACAUGGCAACUUGAUCGCACACCCCGGGAAUGGACACAACAUACCGUCCAAGAACUCCUUCAAGCCAACCCAGCCUUUGAGCACACACACAUUAUCAAGAAGCAAGUCAGAGGCCCCACUGCCACAUGGUGGUUCCAAGCCACCACCCAAAAGGAACUUGACUUGCACCCCAUCUUCGCCACACUUGACAACAAAAAUCUUGAACUCUGGGCACGGCUCGCCCCACCUACCAGACGCACUGGGUCCACAAAGGCCUGGCCAAUCAAAGACCCAUCAGUCCUCCAAUGGACGCAUGAUCGCACAAGCUUGUCCAUCGGCACUGGUGCCACUAAAAUGGAGGAAGCUCAGCCACAGAAUGGCAAUCGCAGCCCCCGCGGCCAACCACAAAAGCGACAAUGCAUCCCCAUCCGUGAUAUUCCAAAAGGCUUCCUAAAGGAGGAGGUGCCUGGGGACCUGGCUUGCCUGUUCCAUUGUCUCGGCAAAGCAUUCUCCACACCAAAAAACGAGAUCUUGGCCAUUCAAGCACGGGCCGAGGUGGUGGCCCACCUCAACAAGCACAAGGAAACCUACGAGAUGCAAAAACCGACCACCUGGGGCGGCUGGCUGGAACUCACGGCCGCCGCCAGGCAUUGGAACACCAGAAUCAUCAUCGUCCCCGAGACCCUGGCAGACGACGUCAUGGUCUUCCACGACAGCCGCCGAGCAGAGCACACCACCAUCCUUUGGUACACCGGCAAACACUACGACCUCCUCAUCCCCACCAACGGCAUCCCGGACCAUAUCCUACAACAGGCCAAGCCACAACGGGGACUCCGAGACCAGCGUCAGCAGCUCACACACGCGAACGGGUCUGACAACAAGCAACCCGUCAUCGCACGCCUUGCCAAACAACAACCUGGCUGGCAUUGCAACAAAUGCACGGCAGGCAUCCCACAAGCCCAGCUCUCCCAACUGUCCUACAAGCGACUUCGACAGGCACAAUGGGAACACGCCCGGGACAAGCAUGGCGUCCCUGACAGAGCCACAUGGGCAAAGCAACAGCACAGCCGCAGCAACAAAACCCUGGCAAACCGCAACAAACACGUCACCCGGCGACGAGCAGCAGGAUUGGCAGCCACACUAGUCCAAGUCAACACCAACCCUGGCGGACACCAACUGCACAGCUUCUUCUUCCCCUUCUGGAGCCACACCCGCAACACCCACACCACUUGCAGAGCAUGGGUGUGCCAGCGAUGUGGCCAGCAGGCCCUCAACAAGCGCAAAGCUCUCCACACACUCACAAACAAGCGGUGCGCCGGCCACAUGCCAGCCAACGGCGUCCAGCGACGUCGCAAAGUCAUCCAACGCCUCCGCAAGCUCGCGCGGGCUCCGCCCCGUGACAGUAGGCACCCGGCAACAACACUGCGGCAUCUCUACAGCAUGGCGGCAGCAACCCUCGAGGACUUCAUCGUCAUGGGCGACUUCAACACCACUUGCGACGAGGGCGCCACGGCCAACCUCGUUGCCAAUGGCAUCGCGCAUGACGCCAAUGGGUUCUUCACCGACUGGCAACCCACUCGCCACCCAGGCCAACGAUGCAUUGACUACGCUCUGGUGAGCCCACGUGUCCACCCACAAACCAAACAGCAACACCCUGGCCCCAGGGACCAUGACUUGAUCACUUACACAUUCCCAGUCGGCCCGUCACCACCCGGUUAUCGCCGACCACAGCUACGAGGCAUCAACCAUGAGCAUACCAUCACACCUCAACAAUUCCAGGACCGGUGGAACCAACAACAGUUCCAACAACACCUGGACAACCACGACACCACCGCAGCGUGGACCAUGCUCAGUGACGUCGCUGAAGACCUCCUGAGCGCAGACAACAGCCAUGGCCUACGCCGAUCCACACUCUGCCCUCCCCCUGUCUGGUGGGACUGUUUUAGAGACUUGUGGCACGCCACCCUGCAAACAGCCAGCAUACCCCCGGUGCGGGCAAUGGCCCUCUGGACACAAAACUGGGCGGCUCCUGAACUGUGCGGUGGUCUACCCGGUCGAGAUGGUAUUGCGUUACAUGUUCGUCUCUUCCACGACCUCAUGGAGCACCACGACGACGAUUACAUCCUCUUGUCCCAGGACCUCAGCAAGGCCUUUGAUACAGUUCACAUCAUGCAAGCGCUCACCGCACUUUCACACUACGGAGCUCCCGACCCCCUUUGUCAGACCAUUUUGGCUUUCUAUCGAGGAUGUCGUCGUCUUUUCCUCUACAACGGAGACAUGACUCCAAAAUGGUACACCACAACCCACGGCAUUUUACAAGGGUGCCCGUUCAGCCCACUGCUCUUGGCCACUCUCAUGAACAUUUGGCAUCACGGCAUGCACACAGUAGCAGUACCAGCCAGCACCCUUCACACGGGUAUUUAUGUUGAUGACAGAAACAUCUGGAUGCAUGGCCCACGAGCACGUGAGCUUCUACCCCGGGUUAUUGCCCAAUCCAGAAUCAUUGACGCUACCCUUGGAUUCCAUGAAAACACGUCCAAGACCCAACUUGCCACUGCAGACACACGUCUCCUUCCGAUCCUGGAUGCCCUCACCCGUGACAACUUCCCACCAGGUGGCACCACCAGCAAAGUUUUGGGACUGGUCUACAACCUUCACAGCACAGAGGUCACUACACCCACUGAAGCGGUGGACAAGUUCAUUCACCGGGCCAAACGCAUCCAACAAGCACCAAGCAUGCCCCACUUGCUGUGGAAAUGCACGGCACUGCAAGCACAAUGCCGAAACAUGGCACCCAGACCCCCUCAGAACACAAGCGAGGAGCGACUUCUGGCAGCAGUCACACCACCAGACCCCAGACCACUUCAGCCCACCAAUCAAGCAAUCCAAGCACCACAUGAAUUGCAAUCUCUUCUUCAACAACAGGUCCACCAGGCAGUUGGACCUGGUCAACCUUUAGUGAUUGCCACUGAUGGAGGAGCUAAGCAUGGCAUCGCAACCUGGGCAGUUGCAGUCGAUGCUGGUACUUGUGCCCGGCCUCUACAUGGAGAGGACCACACGGUAAUGAUGGCGGAACUCACCGCCAUUUGGUGUGUCAUCAUCACCCUCAUACACAUUGCAGAACAACCACGAUUUCAUGGCGAUCUUCAGGUGAUUUUAGCAGUGGACUCACAAUCCGCAAUUGACUUCUUGACCAGAAUAUCUGUUCCCACACAACACUUUCAUUUGUGGCAUGGUUUUCAACGACAUCGGAGUCGGGCAUUGGAACGUGGUCUACGUAUCGUGUUUCAGUGGACCCCGGCUCACAACAAACAUCCUGAAUGGCAACCAGCACAUGGUUGCCCCAAAAACUUGCGACACUUGAAUCAUCACGCAGACAGUGCCGCUAGUGCUAUGUUGCAGAGGGAGCUUGCUUGCCUUCAACCUUGGCUUGAUGAUGUGACUCGAGCCUCUCAUUGGUCGUCAGCUGCGCUUCAAUGGGCAGCCUGUGUGGCUGCGAUUUGGGAUGGGCAUUGUGUGUCCGUCAGCCUGUUUCAGUUCAAUUUCAUCAUCAUCAUCAUCAUCAUCAUCAUCAUUGUGUGCAACAUCGGCCACUUUGACAACGAGAUUGCCAUGGAGGACUUGGAGACUUUCCCUGGCAUCAAGGUUGAGAACAUCAAGCCACAGGUGGACCGCUUUGUGUUCCCUGAUGGCCACGGUGUGAUUGUCUUGGCAUCUGGCCGACUGGUGAACCUUGGCUGCGCCACCGGCCAUCCAUCUUUCGUGAUGUCCUGCUCCUUCACCAACCAGGUGUUGGCUCAGCUGGAUAUCUUGGAGAACUGCACCAAGAACAAGAAGUACAAGAACGAUGUGUACCUGCUGCCCAAGCAGUUGGAUGAGAAGGUGGCAGCUCUCCACUUGCCAUCUCUGGGUGCAAACCUGACAAAGCUCUCCAAGGAGCAGGCCGACUACAUCGGCGUCGGGGUGGAUGGAACCUUCAAGCAGGACAUGGGCCUGGCCGAGUUUGGCCGCAAGGAGCUGACUCUUGCUGAGCAUGAGAUGCCAGGUCUCAUGGCAGCCAGGAAGGAGUACGGACCUGGACAGCCUUUCAAGGGCUUGAACAUCAACGGCUCCCUCCACAUGACCAUCCAGACCGGCGUCCUCAUUGAGACUUUGGCUGCCUUGGGUGCCAAGGUGCGUUGGUGCUCGUGCAACAUCUUCAGCACUCAGGAUCAUGCUGCCGCUGCCAUUGCCAAGGCCAACACUGCCACUGUCUUUGCAUGGAAGGGUGAGACCUUGCAAGAGUACUGGUGGUGCACUGAGCAGAUGAUGACAGUGCCAGGUGCGGAUGGAUGCGAUCAGCUUGUGGAUGACGGAGGUGAUGCCACCCUGUUGGUUCACAAGGGCAAGGAGUUGGAGGAGAAGUUUGCCAAGGACGGCAGCCUGCCAGAUCCAGCCAGUACCACCAACGCCGAGUUCAAGUGUGUCUUGCAGGUGUUGAGGGACUCCAUCCAGGCGGACAAGACCAAGUACACACGAAUGGCUGCCAAGUGCAAGGGUGUUAGCGAGGAGACUACCACUGGUGUGCACCGCCUUCGUGAGAUGGCAGCCAAGGGCGAGCUGCUCUUCCCUGCCAUCAACGUGAACGACUGCGUGACCAAGUCCAAGUUCGACAACGUCUAUGGUUGCCGACACUCUCUGCCAGACAGCAUCAUGCGCGCCACCGAUGUGAUGAUUGGUGGCAAGCGCGCCCUUGUGGCAGGCUACGGAGAUGUCGGAAAGGGCUGCGCCUUCGCCAUGAGGGGUGCUGGUGCCAGAGUCUUAAUCACGGAAAUCGAUCCCAUCUGCGCUUUGCAGGCGUGCAUGGAGGGUUUCCAGGUGGUUACCAUUGAGGAAUGCGUGGGUGAGGUGGACAUUUUCACUUCCGCCACUGGCAACUUCAAGAUCAUCACUUUGGAUCACAUGAAGAAGAUGAAGAACAACGCCAUUGUGUGCAACAUCGGCCACUUUGACAACGAGAUUGCCAUGGAGGACUUGGAGAAUUUCCCUGGCAUCAAGGUUGAGAACAUCAAGCCACAGGUGGACCGCUUUGUGUUCCCUGAUGGCCACGGUGUGAUUGUCUUGGCAUCUGGCCGACUGGUGAACCUUGGCUGCGCCACCGGCCAUCCAUCUUUCGUGAUGUCCUGCUCCUUCACCAACCAGGUGUUGGCUCAGCUGGAUAUCUUGGAGAACUGCACCAAGAACAAGAAGUACAAGAACGAUGUGUACCUGCUGCCCAAGCAGUUGGAUGAGAAGGUGGCAGCUCUCCACUUGCCAUCUCUGGGUGCAAACCUGACAAAGCUCUCCAAGGAGCAGGCCGACUACAUCGGCGUCGGGGUGGAUGGUCCUUUCAAGCAGGACAUGGGCCUGGCCGAGUUUGGCCGCAAGGAGCUGACUCUUGCUGAGCAUGAGAUGCCAGGUCUCAUGGCAGCCAGGAAGGAGUACGGACCUGGACAGCCUUUCAAGGGCUUGAACAUCAACGGCUCCCUCCACAUGACCAUCCAGACCGGCGUCCUCAUUGAGACUUUGGCUGCCUUGGGUGCCAAGGUGCGUUGGUGCUCGUGCAACAUCUUCAGCACUCAGGAUCAUGCUGCCGCUGCCAUUGCCAAGGCCAACACUGCCACUGUCUUUGCAUGGAAGGGUGAGACCUUGCAAGAGUACUGGUGGUGCACUGAGCAGAUGAUGACAGUGCCAGGUGCGGAUGGAUGCGAUCAGCUUGUGGAUGACGGAGGUGAUGCCACCCUGUUGGUUCACAAGGGCAAGGAGUUGGAGGAGAAGUUUGCCAAGGACGGCAGCCUGCCAGAUCCAGCCAGCACCACCAACGCCGAGUUCAAGUGUGUCUUGCAGGUGUUGAGGGACUCCAUCCAGGCGGACAAGACCAAGUACACACGAAUGGCUGCCAAGUGCAAGGGUGUUAGCGAGGAGACUACCACUGGUGUGCACCGCCUUCGUGAGAUGGCAGCCAAGGGCGAGCUGCUCUUCCCUGCCAUUAACGUGAACGACUGCGUGACCAAGUCCAAGUUCGACAACGUCUAUGGUUGCCGACACUCUCUGCCAGACAGCAUCAUGCGCGCCACCGAUGUGAUGAUUGGUGGCAAGCGCGCCCUUGUGGCAGGCUACGGAGAUGUCGGAAAGGGCUGUGCCUUCGCCAUGAGGGGUGCUGGUGCCAGAGUCUUAAUCACGGAAAUCGAUCCCAUCUGCGCUUUGCAGGCGUGCAUGGAGGGUUUCCAGGUGGUUACCAUUGAGGAGUGCGUGGGUGAGGUGGACAUUUUCACUUCCGCCACUGGCAACUUCAAGAUCAUCACUUUGGAUCACAUGAAGAAGAUGAAGAACAACGCCAUUGUGUGCAACAUCGGCCACUUUGACAACGAGAUUGCCAUGGAGGACUUGGAGAAUUUCCCUGGCAUCAAGGUUGAGAACAUCAAGCCACAGGUGGACCGCUUUGUGUUCCCUGAUGGCCACGGUGUGAUUGUCUUGGCAUCUGGCCGACUGGUGAACCUUGGCUGCGCCACCGGCCAUCCAUCUUUCGUGAUGUCCUGCUCCUUCACCAACCAGGUGUUGGCUCAGCUGGAUAUCUUGGAGAACUGCACCAAGAACAAGAAGUACAAGAACGAUGUGUACCUGCUGCCCAAGCAGUUGGAUGAGAAGGUGGCAGCUCUCCACUUGCCAUCUCUGGGUGCAAACCUGACAAAGCUCUCCAAGGAGCAGGCCGACUACAUCGGCGUCGGGGUGGAUGGUCCUUUCAAGCAGGACAUGGGCCUGGCCGAGUUUGGCCGCAAGGAGCUGACUCUUGCUGAGCAUGAGAUGCCAGGUCUCAUGGCAGCCAGGAAGGAGUACGGACCUGGACAGCCUUUCAAGGGAUUGAACAUCAACGGCUCCCUCCACAUGACCAUCCAGACCGGUGUCCUCAUUGAGACUUUGGCUGCCUUGGGUGCCAAGGUGCGUUGGUGCUCAUGCAACAUCUUCAGCACUCAGGAUCAUGCUGCCGCUGCCAUUGCCAAGGCCAACACUGCCACUGUCUUUGCAUGGAAGGGUGAGACCUUGCAAGAGUACUGGUGGUGCACUGAGCAGAUGAUGACAGUGCCAGGUGCGGAUGGAUGCGAUCAGCUUGUGGAUGACGGAGGUGAUGCCACCCUGUUGGUUCACAAGGGCAAGGAGUUGGAGGAGAAGUUUGCCAAGGACGGCAGCCUGCCAGAUCCAGCCAGUACCACCAACGCCGAGUUCAAGUGUGUCUUGCAGGUGUUGAGGGACUCCAUCCAGGCGGACAAGACCAAGUACACACGAAUGGCUGCCAAGUGCAAGGGUGUUAGCGAGGAGACUACCACUGGUGUGCACCGCCUUCGUGAGAUGGCAGCCAAGGGCGAGCUGCUCUUCCCUGCCAUCAACGUGAACGACUGCGUGACCAAGUCCAAGUUCGACAACGUCUAUGGUUGCCGACACUCUCUGCCAGACAGCAUCAUGCGCGCCACCGAUGUGAUGAUUGGUGGCAAGCGCGCCCUUGUGGCAGGCUACGGAGAUGUCGGAAAGGGCUGCGCCUUCGCCAUGAGGGGUGCUGGUGCCCGCGUAUUGAUCACUGAGAUCGAUCCUAUCUGCGCUCUGCAGGCUUGCAUGGAGGGUUUUGAGGUGGUUACCAUUGAGGAGUGCGUGGGUGAGGUGGACAUUUUCACUUCCGCCACUGGCAACUUCAAGAUCAUCACUUUGGAUCACAUGAAGAAGAUGAAGAACAACGCCAUUGUGUGCAACAUCGGCCACUUUGACAACGAGAUUGCCAUGGAGGACUUGGAGAAUUUCCCUGGCAUCAAGGUUGAGAACAUCAAGCCACAGGUGGACCGCUUUGUGUUCCCUGAUGGCCACGGUGUGAUUGUCUUGGCAUCUGGCCGACUGGUGAACCUUGGCUGCGCCACCGGCCAUCCAUCUUUCGUGAUGUCCUGCUCCUUCACCAACCAGGUGUUGGCUCAGCUGGAUAUCUUGGAGAACUGCACCAAGAACAAGAAGUACAAGAACGAUGUGUACCUGCUGCCCAAGCAGUUGGAUGAGAAGGUGGCAGCUCUCCACUUGCCAUCUCUGGGUGCAAACCUGACAAAGCUCUCCAAGGAGCAGGCCGACUACAUCGGCGUCGGGGUGGAUGGUCCUUUCAAGCAGGACACCUACCGUUACUAAGAUGCUAGGAUUUUGCUAGUUGCACGGGGAAUACGCCAGCUUUUCUCGAGUUUCCCUUUGUAGCAAAGAUUGCCUUUGGCGGCAAAGUGUUUGGCCAGUUCAUCCACGGAUCCCAAGGGACCUUUAGCUACAUAGGAAGUCAGCGGAUUGUGUCAUUUGCGCAGAACAACAUGCGUGC